UCGCUUCCCCCCUCCCCAGGUGCCCGGCCCGGCUGUAAGAUGGCGGCGGCGGCGGCCGAGUGCGAUGUGAUCAUGGCGGCGCCCGAGGGGCCCGGGCUGCUGGGCGGCGAGGAGGCGACUCGCAGAGAAGCAGAGACUUUCAAGGAACAAGGAAAUGCUUAUUAUGCCAAGAAAGAUUACAAUGAAGCAUACAACUACUACACAAAAGCCAUAGACGCAUGUCCUAACAAUGCCAGUUAUUAUGGUAACAGAGCAGCCACCCUAAUGAUGUUGGGGAAGUUCCGGGAAGCACUGGGAGAUGCCCAACAGUCAGUCCGAUUGGAUGAUACCUUUGUACGGGGACAUCUACGGGAAGGGAAAUGUCACCUCUCUCUCGGGAAUGCCAUGGCUGCCAGCCGCUGCUUCCAGCGAGUUCUAGAACUGGAUCACACGAACCCUCAGGCACAACAAGAGUUGAAGAAUGCGAGCGCUGUGCUGGAAUACGAGAGAAUAGCUGAAAUUGAUUUUGACAAACGAGAUUUCAGGAAGGUCGUGUUCUGCAUGGACCGUGCUUUGGAGUUCGCUCCUGCCUGUCAUAGGUUCAAAAUCCUCAAGGCCGAAUGUUUGGCACUGCUGGGUCGCUAUCCAGAAGCACAGUCUGUAGCGAGCGACAUCUUACGGAUGGACUCCACAAACGCAGAUGCCCUUUAUGUCCGAGGUCUUUGCCUUUACUAUGAAGACUGUAUCGAGAAGGCCGUGCAGUUCUUCAUCCAGGCACUCAGGAUGGCCCCUGAUCACGAGAAAGCAUGUCUCGCCUGCCGAAAUGCCAAAGCACUUAAAGCAAAGAAAGAAGAUGGAAAUAAAGCUUUUAAAGAAGGCAAUUACAAACUAGCAUAUGAACUGUACACAGAAGCACUGGGGAUAGACCCAAAUAACAUAAAAACAAAUGCCAAACUCUACUGUAACCGGGGGACGGUUAAUUCAAAGCUUAGGAAACUAGAAGACGCAAUAGAUGACUGCACAAAUGCAAUAAAACUGGAUGACACGUAUAUCAAAGCAUACCUGAGGAGAGCACAAUGUUACAUGGACACAGAACAAUACGAAGAUGCUGUGAGGGAUUAUGAAAAAGUUUACCAGACAGAGAAAACAAAAGAACACAAGCAAUUCCUAAAGAAUGCACAGGUGGAACUGAAAAAGAGCAAAAGGAAAGACUACUAUAAAAUCCUCGGGGUGGACAAAAACGCCUCCGAAGACGAGAUCAAGAAGGCCUAUAGGAAACGGGCACUCAUGCAUCACCCAGACCGGCACAGUGGGGCGAGUGCAGAAAUACAGAAAGAAGAGGAGAAGAAGUUCAAAGAAGUCGGAGAAGCCUUCACCAUCCUGUCGGAUCCCAAGAAGAAGGCUCGCUACGACAGUGGGCAGGAUCUGGAGGAGGACGUGAACAUGGCAGAUUUUGAUGCUAACAAUAUCUUCAAGGCUUUCUUUGGUGGGCCAGGUGGCUUCAGUUUUGAAGCUUCUGGGCCAGGAAAUUUCUUUUUCCAGUUUGGCUAAAAUAAAAACAUACAAACCACAUACACCCACCUGAAAUCCUCGUUUUAACCUUGAAUACGGACAUAAUUAGACUCCUGCCUUCAUCAUGUCUCAUUGUACUUAGAGCAGUUUCAUUUUCUCAGUUGGAAACCUCUCUGUUGUGUGCUUUGUGUGAGAAGAGGAAACCAGCGCUGAAGAGAGGGGCGGGGAAGGCUUGUGAAUUUUGUUUUACUGUUAACUUUAUUAAAAAAAAUAAAAUGUUUUGAAUCUUUUGGUCCCUCCAUGCUGGCCCAUGUUUUCAGACUGUUCGGACUUCUUCCAGGGUCCUGUUGCUGCCAACCCAGCUUGUUCAUGGCUCCUUUUGGUUGGUUCCAGAGUGCAGGAUGGCACCACAUCAGGGUUUGUGGAACCCCAUUUUUACUUGUAAGUAAUUGAAUCGUAACCGAGUUUUUCUAACCUCCAAGCAGCUACGUCCUGUUUGCCAUGGCUCUACGAGAAUGUACACCCGGGCAUUCAUGUAAAUGACAAAUAGGGAUCUUUAAUGUUUUUUCGUACUGGAGAGAAAUCCUCCUUCAGAUUUAUGGGAGCCGCGGAUAUGAGAGAACUCCCUAUGGGGCAGCUAGAAAUAAGCACUCUAAAUGCUUCCACUCCAAGACGCCCCAUCUUUGUUUAAGGGGAUAUUCAAUUUGGUCUGGGGUGAAUUUCUUUGCAGUUCCUCUUUCAUAAUUAAUUCACUCAAUCAUUUAAUUGCAGUGUAUGUGAUUAAAACAUGGCUUUGCUAGGUUGGGAUUGGUUUGUUUCUACGGUCUAAAAACACCCUUUAUGUUUAUGAUGUUUUUCCAUAUUGCAAAUCCAUAAUGCGGGCUGCCUGUUUCCAACUUGUAAAAAAUGCACAGCAUGUUUGAAGACUGGUUACUAUGGGCAACUGUUGGUAACGUUUACAGAAAUUGUCUGUUUUUAAUGUAACACAACUGUGUGAGUUUUAAAUGGCAUUCCAAGUAUUUUACAGGAACAAAGAAAUUCCAAGUUAUGGCAGAAACUCUGGGCUGAUGGUGCAUAACUUGCCUCACUGCCUCUUUGUGCCAGCGUAUGUGAUCUGUUGAUGAGCUAAAGCCAGAGUUGCAUGCUGACGCGCUAUCCCGAACUCAGAAUUGACGUGCUUUUAGAGCAUUGCCGGACUUCUCACACUAAUAUUGCCCUUUGUUGUUUCCUGUGGAUUUGGGGUCAGACCCUGAUAUUGGCUGUGAGGGGAGUACGUCUUUGUAGAACAAUUUCUUCUUCCAUAUAGUAAAGAGCUCAUGUGAAUAGUCAUCUCCGCUGAAUGGAGGCUCCAUCCAAGUCAAGUACCACCUGGGAAGUAGUUUUGGAGUUUUUCACAGUAGCCUUAUAUCUGAUGGGAUUUUCAAUGGCCUUUACCAUAGAUGUGGAGUUGGCGUUUGUAGAAAGUCACUGGAUAAUUGCUAGAUAAAUGCUGACCAGCACUGGCCCAAAGGGGCAGAACCGUUUUUGAGGGAGAUUUUCUUGUGAUUGUGUUAAACUUCAAUUGCUGUUUUGUAGAGACAGUUGUUGGAAAGCUGCAUUCUGAUUGGCAAGAGAACAGAUGGGUUGUGCAUAAAAGUAAAUGUAAGGAUGUAUGGACCACUUUCUAUCCAGCAGAUCUGACUGGCUGACACUUUGUGUGUGUGUAAUAUUACAGAAAACAAGGUUUACAAUGAAAUUCUAGCAUAAAAUAAUUGACUUUCAAUUCACAUUUCCUUGAUAUCUUCCCUCCAGUCAAGGGCUAGACCCCUCCUUCAAUUCAGUUGGCUGCAGGAUUGCCAGAUUGCAAUGCCAGUCAUGUGUCUCUCACAGAUGGCAUAGAAAUGCAGGGUACUGCCACCAACACAGUAAGUCAUGCUGCUACUUCGCUCCGAAAGAUGACAAUCUGCUCUCAUGGAGGGCAGAUUUAAGGGCUGAAUUCCAGUUAUUGCAGCCCAAUAUCAGCAAAGGAAGUUCAAAAACCAGCAUUUAAACUGAGCCAGCAUUGAGAAAUGGUUUAGAAGACUGAGACCCCCACCGCGUUUAUUCUUCUCCCCUACACCAGUGUAACUUGAUGGACUCAACCUUGGGACUCUGGCGUAAGUGAGAGCAGAAUAAGGUGCUAGAAUCUUAUCAGCUCCCGUAGGUUAAAUGUCUUGGGGCAUAGAAGUUGGUCUGCAUUUUGAAACUUUCUCUGGUUCGUCUGCAAAUCAAAGUUUACAUGACAUGACUUCGGUGGGAUGUUCGAGAUUCACAAUUGUAGCAUCUUGCAUUUUAUUCACCCCUGCACCGUUUGGAAUUGUCUCCGAUUCUAUUAGCAGAGUACAGAGACAUUUCUUGCAUUUUGUCGAUGUUCUUUUUUUAGUUAAGUGUUUCCCGACUUCCCUGCUCCCCACUUUUAAAAAAGACAGUUCUUUUGGGGGCAAAGAGGGGACAUAUACACAGCAGAUAUUUAUAGAAACUGUACAUGAUUGCAUGAUUGAUUGUAGUUAAAUAUUAAUCUGGUGAGUGCCAAGACUUUUUUUUUUUAAAAAGCACUAUUGUGUGACUAAAAGUGAAUGCAAACAUCCAUUCACUUUGCAGAGUGCAUUACAACACUAGUGGAAAUUCAGGAAUUGUACUGUUAUCUCAGGACAGUAGCAAAUGAGUAUUGUGGCAUACGUAUGUUAAAACUGCAGCCUCCCUCUUGUGUUAGCACAGUCGUUUAGGCAGGUGGAACUGUUUCUUUCGGACCGUAUCUGCCUAGCUGAGUGUGUGGUUUAAAACAUUGCAUUCACACUUUACAGCUACUGAGCAGGAUUGAUUUUAUAGAUUGUAUUUCGUAAGUCGCCAACAGGGAGCCUUGAUGCCAUUUGUCUGACUGCUACAUCUAUUCUCUUGUGUCUUCCCUCUGGCUUGUUAGGAGCUACAGGAUGUAGGAAUUUGCCAUUGUAAGUAGCAGGUCUCUUAACCUGACAAUGUGUUCAAGCUUUCUCCAGGUGGUAGAAGACACAGCUGAUGUAGGCGGUAAUUCCCAUAACAGGCAGAGUGGGAAAAUGGAUUAAUUAGACCUUUAUUUAGAGCUGUGCUCUUCCUUUUCUGACUCCCCUGUGGAAUAUAGGCUUUAUUUUCCAUGUGAAGGAGACUGGCACUCAAAGAUCCUACUCUUCAUGAAACACACGUCUUAUUUUUUGAAGUCAGUCUUUACAAUGGUAAAUUACUAACUGUAUUUGUGGCACAACAGGAAGACCCUGAAUCUGUUUUUAUUCUGAAAAGUGACUAAAAAUGCCACCAUGCAGUUCCCUGCGUAGGGAACCUCCAUUAUUCCGGAGCAGCCUGGCUUAGUUUUACAAGUAAACAGCGUUUUUUUCCUUAGCCUGGAAUCUGGAAGUUGGGUGGCUCUUAAAUCACCACUCCACAUUCUGCUAUUGGAACCUAAUUAAGAAUCCUCUGGAGCGGGCAUGAGCCAAACCAGAACCUUGCUUUCCCACAGCUGCAGGCAGUGACUCCGGUAGGAAAAGGAAUAGAGAGUUGUUGUUCCUCUGAAGUCAGCAGAUAUGACAAAAUACACCGAGAACUGAGUUAAGUGGGUGGCAUGGUCACUUGUUAGGACCUUAAGAGACAAACUACAGAGACGUAUCUGCUUUUUAAAAGCCCACACAAAUGUACCUACUGGUAUAAAGUCAAACUAAUCUCGGUUAUUCUAAAAAACAUUUCUUGAAAUAAGAGAACUGUUAAGGAUUUUGCUUUCCCCUGUAGUGCUCUUGUGAUGUCCCUCCUUGUGACCAAAAUAUGAAGUUUCUGAGCUGCAGUUGGGUUAGUCUCAGGUAAUCCAGCCCAAGUCCAGUCAAAAUGAAAGCAGGAGACGCUACAUUUUGUUAAAAAUCUGUCCAUGUGGUGUUUGGAGAUGCUUGUGUGUGGAAUGUCUAAGGUCUAAAGGCAGGCUACAUUUAGACUGGCAAACCUGGGUAUAUUCCUCCUUCCCCUUUCUCAGCACUGGCUUUACUUCCAGGAAUAACAGGUCUAUUGGCAGUAACUCCUGCAAGAGGUGAUAUUAGUGUUGGGUUCAAAUCCUGGUCAGGCACAGACACAACCCGAACGCCAAAAAAUGAGUUUUAAAGAACAUUAAGGUGCUUCUAGCCCCCUUUCUGUGGGGUCUUUCUUGGCGGUUUUGGCUGCUAUGCUGUGUAAGGGGGAGUGCUCUUUAUCCGUACACUUGGUGUUUCCAUCCGAGGAUGGAUUUUUAUUGGAGCUACAGGCUUUGACUGUUUAAUGCAAAUUGCAUUUGUAAAUAAUUGCAUUAAAGAUUUUUGGGGCAACAUACAUUGGUUCAUGAAGUACUUAAGUCCCUAGAGCACUUUGGUGUCCAGCUAGAAUGAGGAUUGAGAGCCACUUGGCUGUAGUUUCUUUCCAGGGAUCAGUGUUUAACCAAACUGGUCUUCAGAUAAAUGACUGACUGAAGUAUUCAGACCACACAGUGGCUUGCUGUCUUGUCAGAUUACCUCCUCGCUUCUUUAACACUAACAGUUGGCAAUAGAUCUGCUUUGAGUAGACUUGUGUUCUUCCAGCUUAAGUUUGUGCCUUGUACCCCACCCCCUGCUCAGAAAAACAAACAAGCUUGUGUGUCACACCACCUUUAGAUUCCCCUGGUCUAGUGCUAAAGUCCAGCUCCCUCAGUACUAAAACUGGUUCUGAAAAGCAACAAACCCAACGCUAGUAAGAACUGUGACCCUGCUCGAAAUCGCAUGUCAUUUACAUGCAACAGCUGCUCUGUUGGGAGAUUUUCACAUUACUGCCUAUUCCCCAGAAUAGAGGAACAUACAUGUGGGUUGAGAUAAUAGGUAGGUAACCUUUUGGCUCUAGUUUGCCCCAGCUGUGCACACAGUGGGAUACGAUCUUCCCUUCUCCUUUGAAUAACUUCCCGGUAAAGCCGGGCCCUGGCGCACACAGCUGCCCUGGGUCUGAAUGCAGACUAUUAGCUGGAGUGCUAAGGUGGCUUGUCGUCUAUUCCACAAGUGGCAGAAUGUUGUUGGGCUAGAGCUUUGGUUGAAUCAGAGAUGGCACAAAAAUACUGUAGUUUGUCAAGAGCUUGUUGGCUUUCCAUCUUUCACCUUCUGUGGCUGGGCAGGCACUGCGCCAGCCACUCUUAAAUUGAUAUCCCUGCUUUCACGUAAUGGCUCGUGCUACACAAGAAAAGUGAAAAUGGUAAGAGUGUGAAGCAAUGUUUUUGCAGUGCAAAAUGGCAACCUGAACACCUUUUGUUGCAUGCAUAAUAUCGGCUUUAUUGUAAAGAGAUGUUAAGGAGUACCAGAGACAAAAGCGGAUAUGCUGAUGUGAAGCCACUCAGAGGACGUUAGCCCCCAUGCUGUAGUAUUUAAUUGAAUUUAAGGAAUAGAUUCUGUAUGUUUACCUCAGUGUAAAGAUUUAACCUUUCCCUUGAGAGGAAAGGUUAUUGCAUGAAGCAAUCUGUAUUCGAGAUAGCUUUCCUAACUGCCCAACCCUCUUCAAGGCAGGCUUCACAUUGGUAUAAACACUGUCCCUCUUUGGGCCCUUUACCUUUCUAGGAUGUGAAGGGUAAAAAAUGUGAAUAUUUGUUGUUUACUUCAUUAGGCAUAAUUCAUAUGAUGUGUUUAUAUGCAGACUCUCAACCAGACUGAAGCAAAACCAUAUGCAAUUGGUUUAUUAUAAACUGUAUAUGAUGUACAAACUAAUAAACACUUAAAUGAUGA